AUGGCUCCUCCUAGGGCCAGAAAUCCCCUGGCCUUUACGCCGUGGCCGGUGACCAUCAUCACCACCGCGGUGUUUCUCGCCCUGAUCAUCCCUAUUCUGGUCAUCCACCUGAACGUCCCGGCCGCACCCCGAACCAGCCCCGAAGGAUUGAACCUCACCGAGGCAUGGCAGGACCUUCAGGCACUCACUAAAGGCUAUCACCCGUAUAACUCGCAUGAAAACGACCAUGUUCGCGCGUGGCUGCUCGCGCGAAUCGACGCGAUCCAGCGAUCCACCCCGCCCGCCGAAGCUUAUCGGCCGGACGAGGAAAAGCCCGAUGUUUUCGUCUUUGACGAUCUCACCUCGAACCUGACUUUCUUCGACCAGCGCAGCGGUGUGUACUUUGAAGGUACUAAUAUCCUCGUUUACAUCCGCGGUUGGGAAGAUGCGAAGGAGAACUGGUGGGAGACACCGGGGAAGUCACCCACCGGUAAGGGCGGAGUGCUGGUCAACGCGCACUACGACAGCGUGUCAACUGGCUACGGAGCCACGGAUGACGGCGUCGGUGUCGUGACAUGCCUGCAGCUGGUCAAAUACUUCCUCUCGCCCGGCCAUGCGCCGCGUCGCGGCCUGGUGGUGCUGUUCAACAACGGCGAGGAGGACUACCUGAAUGGCGCCCGUGCGUUCAGCCAGCAUCCGAUGGCCAAGUUCGCCCAUACAUUCCUUAACCUGGAAGGUGCCGGUGCUGGUGGUCGUGCGACCCUGUUCCGCAGUACGGAUACGGAAGUUACCCAGGCGUAUGCAAAGUCCAAGUACCCCUUUGGAUCUAUAGUUAGCGCGAAUGGGUUCGAACUUGUCGGUAGCCAGACUGAUUACGUCGUCUUUGAUGGUGAGAUGGGAUUGCGCGGACUCGAUGUUGCCUUUUACGAGCCGCGCGCGAGAUAUCAUACCGAUCAAGAUGAUGCGCGACACACCAGUUUGGACUCUCUGUGGCAUAUGCUGUCUGCGGCGGUUGCUACCACUGAGGAUCUUGUUUCUGACGAUACUGACCGGUUCGACGGUCGGGCUCGCGAUGAUGGCAACGUGCCCAAUGGUCAAGGUACAAAGGCUGUUUGGUUCGAUCUGUUCGGCAGCGCAUUCGCUGUCUUCCGUCUGCAUACUCUUUUCGCCCUGUCAGUCACCCUGUUGAUUGUGGCACCUUUGACUUUGCUCCUUACUAGCAUUGCCUUGUCUCAGGCAGAUAAGAUGUAUUUGUUCCGAUCCUCGGUGCAGUUGGAGACGAGUGACGAAAAGGUCCCACUUCAAGGCCUUCGAGGAUUCUUCCGGUUCCCAUUCUUGAUCGGAAUUCCUACCGCUGCCAUUGUCGGCUUUGCUUAUAUGCUUGCAAAGGUCAACCCGCUCAUCAUACACAGCAGUACCUACGCCGUGUGGAGUAUGAUGAUCUCUGCAUGGAUUUUCCUUGCCUGGUUCGUGUCCCGCGUUGCGGAUUUCGCCCGGCCAUCUGCCUUCCACCGAGUGUACACUUACACGUGGAUAUUUGUGAUUUCCUGGGCUCUGUUGGUUCUCGCCACCGUUCUCGAGCAUGAGCGUGAGUUGGGUGGUGGCUACUUCACACUUUUCUACUUUGCGGGCGUCUUCUUGGCCACGUGGAUUUCUUACCUUGAACUCUUCUCCCUUCCGAGGAAAUCAGAGUACGUUGGUCAGAUUGCUCAAGACUCACGGCAACCAAGCAGCUAUGGUAGCCGACUUGGCACGGGCGACGGGAACGAGGAUGAAGAAGAAGCAGCCGACGAGGAGCCCACAGAGUCAACGUCUCUGCUGCGUGGUCAACAGCGCACUACGUUUGCAAACUACGUCAACGUUCCUGGUGACUACUCCACCAGCCGAGGGCUUGAUGAGGAAGAAGAGAAAGAUCCAAACGUCUAUGGAAAUGAGCAAGCAUGGAGUGCAUCAAUGCCCAGCUGGACCUGGGUGCUCCAGCUUCUUCUCACCGUUCCUAUAACUAUCACUCUUCUGGCCCCUCUAUCUUUGAUCAUGACUAGUGCUCUGUACCAAACGGGCCAGGACGGUGAUCCUACGUUGAUCGUCUACCUGCUCAUGACGCUCUUCAUCACGUUGAUCCUCACUCCGAUUCUGCCAUACAUCCACCGUUUCACCUACCACAUCCCGAUCUUCCUGUUCUUGGUCCUCAUCGGCACUCUCAUCUACAAUCUGGUCGCCUUCCCCUUCUCCGACUCCAACCGCGUGAAGCUCUACUUCUCGCAACAAGUCGACCUGGACCGAGGCAACUCUACGGCCUAUCUUGCUGGUAUCAGCCCCUUCGUUGAAGAUGUUGUCCGUGGUCUACCCAACGCAGAUGGCCGGACAGCUUGCAAAACCUUUGUCAGACACGGAAAGCUCUUGCAAUGUUCUUGGCCCGGCGCCGAACCGCACGUUGUUCCCAGCAACGACACCUCUGCUUCAUCGCCUGGUCCUUCGGUGGACUGGGUCUCUUAUAGCGUCUCUCGUCCCGAGAGCAGCACUCGCUCUGUCCGCUUUGAAGUUUCGGGUCUGAACACCCGCACUUGUCGUAUCACCAUGGACCGCCACCCCAUCAAAAGCUUCAGUGUCGUCGGAUCCUCCGCCCUCGAUAAGCGCUUCAUCAAGCCGGCUGCAGAUGGAAUGCAAGAGAUUCGUCUUUGGAGCCGCACAUGGGAUGGCUCGUGGACUGUAGAUGUUGAAUUUGACGAGCACGACGUCUCAGCUGAAGAGAACGGUUCUCUCAAGGGUCGCAUUUCGUGUCUCUGGAGUGAUGAUAACAACCCUGAUCUUAUCCCGGCGUUGACAGAAGCCAGACAAUAUACUCCUGCAUGGGUUGCUUUGACCAAAUUGGCCGACGGCUUGGUUGAGGGGUAUCGCGAGUUUGAACUUGCAUAG